AUGAGCAAGAACUCGAAGAAGCAGACAAACACAGCGGCCGAAACUGUUGACAGAGUAGAGCGCUUUGAGGCUGAUGAUGGAAGGCUAGGAUAUCGGGUCGCCUGGCGAUACAUCGCCAUGCCUUUCUUCUUGAGCCACAACGAGCGAAUUCACGAGUUUAUAGAGACUGUCGACCCGACGAGUGGUGAGAAGAUGGAACAACUCACGCAUAAUAUAGCCGUCCAGCAGCCUGAACCCAUUGGAUCUAGAUGUCAUCAUAGCCGCUUUUAUGCUUACUUAUGCCCUUUUGAGACAACGACUACUAGCCAUAUCGGCAUCUUCCGGCUUGCCCAUACUUUGCAGCCACUUCUUGUCAAUAAGCAGAACCAACAGGAUAACUUGAAGAUACUGGCAACGAAUCAUGGUCGAAGGAGUUCAGUGAUCCAAACAGCCGCCAGUCAGCUUAUUUUUGCAUCGCUGGGUGCUGUGACCCGAUCCGUCACGCACAUGGUUGCGUGGAUGGUUGACUGUGUCAGCGCGUCAGACGUGGCACCUAACCUGGCUUAG